CUUACCGUAUUCAUGCCCAGAGCUGUCAUCAGUAUGUAACCGGCGUCUUAACCUCAUUGCUUUCAGGAACCCAAACAGUGCUGUACAGACACGGGGAGGUAUUUCCCGCAGUAGCAAAAACUCAACUGAGACUCAAGCGCCGAGGGGCAGCUCUGCGCAAAAUGCGGUUUCUGUGAAUCCCCUUGUAGCAUUUGAAGAUGAUGCGAUUGCUGUUCCUGUGUCUGCUGCUGCUUCCAGCCACUACUGCUGUUUCAGAAGAGAGAGAAGGAUCAGCUGAUGAUGAUGUGGAUGAUGAGGAUUUUUAUGAGAAAAAUGAUGUUCACAGCAAACAUGAUCGUGGUUCUUCAAUUGUAGAUAAAACUACAGGUGAAGAAGAAAAGUCAGAUCAGAUGACCCUGAUUAUUAUCGUUGUAGCUGUGACUGUGUUGACUCUUUCAGUUGCAGCGGUAGUCGCCAUAAUGUUGGUAAGACGCCGCAUGCACAGUCGGCAGCAAGGGGUCUACUCUGUGCCUACAGAGCAGGAACACAAAGGGGCCGUCUAGUUCCUGGUGGAACCACAGUUCUAUAACACACAGAUAAGAGAGGAGCAAUGCACUGUGGGCUAUGUCAUCAUCUACUCUUUGACUUGGGACAGUUAGACUUCUUUGCACAACAGCUUGCAUCUCACCGUUCAGUUCAUUGCUCACUCCUGCACAACCUCCUAUCAAUACGUAUGUAAUAUGUGGUUUUUUUUUUGGUUUUUUUUUUACUGUUGUAUACUUUUGUCUUUGUCCUAGCCAUUUGGACUCCACAUACACACAAUUUAGCCUGGGACAUUUGGAACACAUUCAAACCCCCUAAUUGGAUUCUAUUUGAGGAAUCCAAAUCAAAGCCAGUGAAUUUGGCUUAAAGCUUCUUUUGUUAAAAGGGAUAAUUUAGCACAGCCAGAGCUCCCCCCUUUUUAGUACCUGAAACAACAAGAAAUUAUUCCCACCAGUUAUGCAGUCAAACUGUAUUUGCAUUUGAUUUUUGUAUGUGGAACGGAGCUGUCGGUGUGACAUGGUGUUUGAGUGAGACAAACCAUGCUAAUCCACACUACGACAGCCCAGUGCUCUUCAUUUUCCUAUUCACUUGUCUGACAUCUUCUGUUCCUGGCCCAUUAGGAGUGACAGGAGGCAGUGCCAUUGGAAGAUAAAAACCUGUUCCUCCUCUUCUGAACCAAAGUAAAAAAUAAACAAGUGGCAAGAGCCAGUGUGAACACCUUCUUGCAAGGCAGCAAAUUAAUCGACCGCCAUGAAUGAUGAUGUUUUCUUUUCCGCCUCUCUUUUUCGUUUUGAAAGGCUUUCACUUUAGUCUUGCAAUUUAUAAAUAGAUCUGUGAAUGUUGUAGUGUUAGAUUAAUGCCUCACACGCUGGUAGAGAGAAGCUUGGUGUGAGGGAGGGGUAAAAUCUCACGAAUCAAAUAAAGUGUUAGGGAUGAUUUGGAAAAUACUAACAAGGCCUGGGUUUUUCAUUAAGUUCCCCUCUCUGAUACAGAGAGGGGAACUUACCAGGGACAUACCCCUGUUCGACAAGUCAGUUUUUCAUUUGUGGCUUCAUGAGGAGCACUUAUUAUGGAGUCAGCAACACUGGAAAUCGUACAUUGGGUCCCACACUGGCUCCAAUCCAUCCAGACUUGUGAGCUAAAAGAAUUGUGUAGUUACAGCUUCAUCAGGGUGUGUAGUGACUAUACUAUAGGUCUGUGCUGAAGUGUCUUAAAAAUGAUGCCUCCCACUUUAUUUUAACACGGACAAGCAGAUGGGCAGAUGUGAUUCUUGGUAGCGCAUUUGUUUUAGUGUUCAUAUUUGAGCACUGUGUGUACAGUAUGUUAUUUCUCAAAAUUGUAGUAUUGCCCAAUAAGCCUUAAGUAGGUGCCAGUAUUUCAAAGGCAGGACAAAUGGACAAAAAUUGCAGUAUCAAACAUUUCAAUUUUUUGUAUAUUUGUGUAGUCUUUCUAUUCAUAUUUACUCAUAUUCACUUUACAUUUACUCAUAUUUCUGUCAGACAAACGGCAGUGCAACAACAUUUGAAUGCAGCAUAGUCUUCUCUCUGAUUGCUUUCCUGGAACAGACUUGUGCAAAAAUCCAAAAGGAAAUACAGUAUUUGGUCCAGCCUGCUGUACGCAUGUGACCAAAAUCUUCUGUUAUUUACUCUGUGCUGUGACACUACUCAAGUAAAUCUACUGUAAGAAAUGUAACUCAUUUUUCUAUCUUAGCGUGAUGUAUGUGGAAAAGGUUAUGUUUUUUUUCUUUCUUAAAAUGGCUGACUCCUGUUCUGUCAGUACUAAAGGAAUUGUAUGACCAUAUGCAAUUAUUCUAGCUAUUAAUAUAAUAUAUAAUAAUAUAUUGUAUCUAUUUACAAAUUUAUUGAGCUAUGCGUUUGCAUUGUCUCUUGAUGGAAAAUAUCAUAUUUGGCAAGAUGGUAUUUUUUUAUAUACUUGUUGAGUUUAAGGGAUGGUGUCUUCUAUCCACUGUUCAUUUAUAAAUUGUGUGUAUAAACUUGGUGGGUGGGAGCCAGUUAUUUGCCAAGAACUCUCAUGUAAAAUAUUUGUAUUAUUUAGUGUCACAUUGCAGCAAAAAAGUUAAAAUUUGGACUUAAUGUUAAAUACGUAUGUUUAUAUGCACUUGUGUAUGCAAAUUAACCCAUAUGUAUUAUUUGUGCCAAAGACAUUCACAGUAAUUUUUCAUCACAUAAUUAUUUACAAAGUAUGUAAUACAUGACCUUAUAUCUAACAAAAAAACUACUGCAGCAGGAGACUGUAUGUCAUGAAUUGAUACAGUUUGCACAGCUGUAGUCUCCUGAAUACUAUAUUAUGUAACUAUGCUGAAUUUUGGAUUGUGUUUAUUUUUACCAUUAAAUCUGUUAUAAAAUUUGCUUGGUUUCUCCCA